AUGAUCGGAUCAUAGAUAUCGAGGACCUACUACCCAAUUCAGGAUGAAGCAUCCCUGGAUCCAUGGAGUAUUGUUCAGUAGAAUCUAGACUGAAAUUUUGGAUUCCUGUAAUAACUGGGUAAAUGUUACCUUCCAAGCGAACGAUCGAGGGUGAUUCUUUUCAAAAAGUAUCGGAAUCCGUUGCGCUUGGAUGUGCGAGAUAUUUUGGAGGGUUAUCGUGGCAACAGGGCUCUCGAAAAGCGCGUUCCCUAGAAAGGGACGGACAUAACAAAGCGCAGCCAACUAGAUGUGGGAGUUCCGCGAGAAGGACCCGAACUGCUGAUGAUAUAUAGAGUAGGCGACUUAUGGUUAAACCGCGUUGGAAAGUGGGCCAGAUUAGAGGGACUUUGUAGCAUCAAGAACUAUCCCGGAUCCCGUGUGCACGGUCGCUAAGCGCUUAAGACUUUUUAAUACUUUCAUCGGAUUUUCGUAAAACCGGCGACUAUUUGCGGACAGUGAUUCGAACCGGCGGUCGCGCGAACACCAUGGCUACCGCGAUGACAAUCUGGACUUGGUGCGGAUUUUGACGUUUCAACUGAAACGCGACCGCCGACGGUCUACCGUCGCGACGCCACAGCAUCCCCCGCCCGACCACGCCGAACUGUGAUUUUUUUUGUGAUAAAGUGCGUGUGCUUACCUACUUAACACUUUAAGUGAGUGAUUUGACAAUAAAAACUGUCUCUGUAUAUAUACCUACUUACAAAUAUAUAAGUAUACAAAGUGCGCGCUCUCGAUUUAUGACCAAAAUACAUCAAACAAAAGCCGAUCUCUUCUGUUAAAAAUCGCCCGCAAAAUCUCAACCGAUUUCAUUGAUCUCAACGAACUGAAGUUCCUCAUGGAACGAUCAGAAUCAUUCUCGGAUCCGUCGCUGUGUCUCCAAGACCUGGUGACGGGCGUCACGACGUCGUCUUCGUCGGCAAACGAUCUCCACGGGGUCCAUCAUCUACACGAUUCGGUGGCCUCAUCUGUGUCAUCGGCGAUUUCCGGUAUCAUGAGUGGAGCACCAUCGUCCGUCCUUAGUCAUCACAUGUCACCCCACGAACCUCAUCAUCACGGAGUCGUACCUCAUACACCAAGUCUUCAUCACGAACCGUUGGAAAAGCUAAAACGUGUUUGGGCGGAAACUGGAGAUUUUCGGGACGCCCAUUCGGGAAUGUCGGGGACAGGGUCCAUGGACCAUCCUCAAUUGCCAUUUCCAGCCGCAGCCAGGAGUCGAACGAGAGAAAGAAAAGCAAGUCGUUCGUUAUCUGAUCCUGUAAAAACCGAGGCUGUGGUGGGGGUGGAAGGGGGUGACGGAGACGACGGUAAAAAUGAUAAAAAGACUAAAAGACAACGAAGACAACGUACCCACUUCACUUCACAACAACUACAAGAACUCGAAGCGACUUUUGCUCGUAAUCGAUACCCUGAUAUGAGCACGAGGGAGGAAAUAGCCAUGUGGACUAAUCUAACAGAAGCUAGAGUGCGAGUUUGGUUCAAAAACCGACGAGCAAAAUGGCGCAAGCGUGAACGAAACGUAGCGAAUGCCAUGAACGCAGCCGCUGCCGAAUUUAAAACGGGUUUCGGCACCCAAUUCAAUGGUUUUAUGCCCACGUUUGGCGACACAGAUUCCCUCUAUUCUUCCUAUAGUUAUAACAAUUGGGCCACAAAGGUCCCGAGUCCUCUAGGUACUAAACCGUUUUGGCCCGUAGUCCCGUCUAACCAUCACCAAAGUCCCGUGAACUGUUUCAAUUCGGCAACUUCGGUCGCCGCGGCUUCGAUGACCGGAGCCGCCACUUCCAUGCUUCCUGGUGCCAUGGGCUCGGGUUUGACCUCGACCGCGGGUGCCGUAACUGCUCAGCCAUGUCCCUAUACAACCCCGGCUAAUCCAUAUUCCAUGUACCAUCAUCGAGCAGCAACCGAACCGUGUACUGCCAUGUCAUCUUCGAUAGCCUCUCUUAGACUUAAGGCGAAACAGCAUUCUGGUUUUGCGGGCUAUUCCAGUGUUAGUCCUGUCAGGACUAGUUCGGCAGGCUUGUCGGCUUGCCAGUACGCGGGCAGUGGCAUUGGAGUAGUCGAGAGGCCCGGGUGAGACCACGAGGAGCCCUUAGGGGCACUCAAACACGAAGAUCAAGACGACUGAUUAACACGCACUAAGUACUCCAUGUUUACGCGUUAUCAGCCAUUAUACGGGGCGAAUGAUAACAGAGAGAAUGAAAGUUGUGAAAGUGAUUCGAUGUUUCUUUUUACCCGGUUCGUGAUAAUUUCUUAUUUGAUAACCUAUUAGUAAAUGUUUAUUAGUGUUUCGGACCUUUUGUCUUUAUUUUUUUGAAAUUGCCAACAAAUUAAAAUAAAUAUCGUUGCAAGCGUAGAUAUCUCCAAUAUUUGAUCUACAAGAAGCAAAAGGAAAUGAAAAGUGUUUUCGUCUAUUUAUUAUUAAGUAUUAUAAUAAAAUAGUACAUCGGCGAAUCUGGAAGAAGAAAUACUUUUUUUUUUUAAUCAAACCGUUUAUUAUUCAGUGUAAUAAUAAGUAAUUCUUUUAAAAGGGGUAAAUUCCUGCGUGUCUUAAUUAAGUACUUGUUGACAUAUCAGUAAUCCCAGAAGUCAAGAUUACAUAAACAGUUUACUAUCAAUGCCAAGGUAUGUUUAAUGCUGAAUAAUAAAUCUACCUUUAUCACAAUUAUUAUUAUCUAUCACGUUUUGUGUUAUAUUUGCAAUUUUAUCGGAAAUUAAUGCCUUAGAUUCAGAUGAAAGGUAUCACGAACAAGUGACGAAAAGAGAAGUCUUUACCUAAUUACUCCAAUUCAUUUACUUGAAUAGCUGACACACUUAAAACUUGAGAAAUUACUGAAAAAAACAAAAUUAUUAGUGUAAAAAUAUGGGCUUACGGUGCCAACCGUCAUCAUAGAAUCUGCAUCGAUUUACAUUUUCAUCUUUUAUCGCUUCCAUACCUUAUUUUUCUACAAUUUGAAGUUGUCUUUUACUUAAAUUAGUUGCAAAAGUGUUUUCAUUUGUAAUAUAUUUUGUGCAUCAAUUAAUCGCGAAAAUAAUUGUGAAUAUUGUGCUCAAUUUUUUCAAUAGUUCCUAAAGGAAAUUUGCCAAUAUCAAUUACAAUAAUUAUUAUUUUUCGAAACGAAUGAGUAAUAGCUUUAUGCCAGGUUCGUUACAAAGAACAAAAAAAAAACAAUUAAUAUCAUUGCCAAAGUCGUAUAUGUACUUAAACCAAGCCAAAGUUGCAGCAGCAUUUUUAUUUUUAAAAAAAUCUUAUAUUAAAAGAACUGAACAUUUACUACGACUAAUUGUUAGUAACGUGUUAUAUAGUUAAGUACCUAAUAAAUAAACUAGAUGCUUGCUUUAGUAGCCGAAAACCACCCCUAAUACCAAAGCCGUGUUCAGUCCUUAUAAUAUGUAUUUAUUAUUUUAAUAUUUUUGUUUUUCCUUGUGUUAAAUAUGAAUUGAUUGAAUGGGCCGCAAGUAAUAAUGAACAGGCCUCAGUACAAAAGGCUGCAGUGCAAUUGUAAAUAACUAAAUGUAUAAUUAAACUUAUUGCAUGUACUUAGAUAGAGCGUCCUCCAAAGAAGGUGAUGUAUAGUCAACAAAUGAAAAUAUUGUACCUAUACUUUGUAAGUUAAUUUAGUUUUUAGUAUACUCUAUGCAUAUCGUUUAUGUAAAACCGUUUUCAAACAUCUAGUCAUACCAUUAAAAAAAGUAUAAACAAGUA